CCUGUGUGCAUGUGAGCCGGAGCACCACAAGCGGCCGCUAGAGAUUAGUGUUUGUGGUAACGAGAGGAAGCAAUUACAGAGGGAAAAGAAAGAAGCAUUUUUACAUUAAAUUCACGAUUUAAGUAACAUUCGUUUUUUUUCCCCUAGGCUGACAUAAGAACGUGUAUUACGUUUAUUAGAACGUUUGCAGCUGAGGAGCCAAAUGCCGGAAGUUAAACAGGAAACCCAACCUAAACAUGAAGCCUUUCACCCACGAGACGAGGAUUCCCACAGCGAGGUGACCCGACAGUUUCUGCGGCAAGGGACGCAUCGAUUCCCGGCUACGGCAGUGAUCUCUCCCCACCUGGGGACGACCUUUUUGGGAAUGCCACCUCCACCGACUUCAGCAUGCCAUCCCAUUAGACCCAUAUUACUAGGAAGUAAGCAGCAGCAACAAGAAGACCGCUCUUUUGGGAUUCGGGGGUCUCGUUUUCAUGAAAACCAGGUAGCAUGUACAGGCCCGACCACAGUUCAUAACAUCGGAUUCCCGUUAUUGCAAGGUGGAAAUGGAACUGAAAAAACCAUCGACAACCCUGAGAAUUGUUACGCGGACAAGAAGAACGCUCCCAUACUCCCCAAAAAGCCAAUAUCACCAUGUGAUAUAUUGGACCCAGGGUCCUACCCUGGCAUUUACUGCACUAUUCCAGGGUAUUCGGUACCAGACAAACUAGGCUGUUGGCCAGGUACUUAUUACCCCGAACUGAAGAGCCCUUUUCCUGUGUGUGGCUCAUCUACAAAUAAACCCAACUCUAAUACUGAUUUGCCCAAGACCCAGUCCGCUGAGAAGCAAAAAACCCACUCAGAAAAACCCAGCCCACCUCUUACGCCUUCACAUGAAAAGCACACACCGUCAUACCCUGGUACUGGGUUCCAAACGCAAACUUCAUGCACGGGCUACCUGGAGAAACAAUGCCCCUACCCCGGUAUGCUUUGCAUCACGCCGCCAGUGGGUUACUGUGACAAACAGGAAGGGUACCCCUUGCAUGCGGAAACGUUUCCCCCUUACCCAGUUUUACAUGGGUUUCCAUACCCCUGGCUGCCUUACCCUCACUUCCCCGACAAAAUAACGGGCUUCCGGACCCUUGAGGUACCAGGGUGCGAGAGUCUGGCGUUGGACUAUGGCGUGGAGGGUUAUGCUUUUUCGCUAGAUGUUCUGUAUGACUCCGGGGAGCCGUGCGUUCGGGUGGAGUGCGGAGAGAACCAUGCAUUCCUUUACCUCACUCGCCUCUGCCAAGGGAGUAGAGGUCUCUCCAUACAGUACAAAGGCAUGUGGCUGACCCCCAAUGAAUUCCAGAGCACGUGUGGGAGAGAGAAUGCCAAGGACUGGAAGCGAAGUAUAAAGCACAAAGGGAAGAAUCUGAAGUGGCUGAUGUCAAGAGGACUGAUCAGUACACAUCCUCCAGUAUGUGACCACAUUGGUUGUGAUGUCUACCAGUCAGGGGAGAGAGACCCUGCCAUUGAGCAGACUGCAGGUUUCAGUGGCCUGCCAGGAAGAGAAGGGACCCCCAAUACUGAGGGAGUGGACAAAAAGCAGGAGGACAAACCGUGUCUCGGUGGAAAUCAUGCAAGGCUUCAUGAUGGAGGUGUUCAGAGGGUAAAGAGGCAGCAAGAUGAUGCAGGUCUAAAAAAGAAUCCAACAGACAGCCUACCUGAGACAACUGGAAAGAAACGCAGAUCGCCUGAGAGUGAAAACUCAGACCAAGGAAGAUCAGAACCAAACGAAUCUCCGGCAGAAAAGCAUCGUCGGACAGGAGAGGUACCAUAUGACAUGACCCCGCGGGAACAUCUCAGGAAGAUGUCUGCACUGGGAGAGCAGGGAAGCCUGGAGGAGAAACACUGGUACCGGCUUGUCAACGGCAUGGUCGCAGGAGAGCUACGGCAGAGACAGGAGCUGCUGAUGAGGAACCAGAUGACCAUGAACCCCCAGAUGCUGGGCCCCGGGCAGCAGAGGAUCCAGGGGAUGCCUCCUCAGUUUGAGCCACACUUCAUGGACAGGGAUCUAGUUUCUUCCUCUGAAAUGGUUCCCUCUGAAGCGAGACAGAUGCACAUGGGUUCUCACCUGGGAGCUCCCCUCCCUCCACACUCCAACAUGGUGCAGAGCCGAGGCUUCCCUGGGGCAGGUUAUGGUUUCGUGCCUUCAGAGUCGAUGGAUUCUGUAGCCCGUCGACAGGAGUUGAUUCACAAACAAAACCUGGCCAGGAUGGAGAUGAAUGCCAUUCUUCAUCAGAAGGAACUGGAGAACGCCCACCAGAAGAGUUUGAUGGGAAUGGAAGCUCCGUUGCUGUAUCCUGGGAUUCCGGCCAAUGCCAUGACAUUCCGAGGCAGGCAGAAGCUUCCUGAAGGCCACCUGCCCAACGACAUGUUAGUCCAUCGUACCACUUUGGAUGAGCUCCAAGGCAAUGCCUUGCUCAUGUCUGCCAACCCCUACCCACCAAUCGGCACCCUGCACAGGGAAAGAGGACGUAGAGCUGGGAGGAGGGCAUCCAAUCAGAAGAGCAUGGACUGCAAUACUGUCGGCCCCAAGAACCAAUCAGAAGACAAGAACCCGGAUCAAACCACAGGGACUUUGGGGGAAGAGAAGGAAGCGGAGGUUAAAGGAGAGUCUGAGAACGAGACCACAAACAAACCAGACCAGGCUAAAAUGGGGGUUGAUUUGUCAUCUAGUGGUGGGAAAGGUUACAAAGACUGUGAUCAGGGGCAGCGAAAGAACAGCAAUGACACUUGUCCAGAGUCUACCAACUGUAACACUGUAUGCAGCGGAAGUGAUAAAGACCUGCCCAAUCCUUGUUCAGCUUUCCAUGAGAAAUACAUGUACCCCACAGCCAACCCUCUUUCCAGCUUAUCAUAUGGGUUCCCACUGCCUGGAAAUGGACUUCUACCUCCCGGCGCUCACAGUGUUUUUCAUAAUGGGGAUGAAAUGUCUUCUGUUGAAGACAUCCGCAAGUGGACAGUGGAAGACGUGUAUAGCUUCAUUAACAGCAUCCCAGGCUGUUCAGAAUACGCACAGACAUUCAAGGACCACAUAAUCGAUGGCGAGACCCUUCCACUGCUUACAGAAGAACAUCUUCUAGACACUCUGGGUCUGAAACUGGGGCCAGCGCUGAAAAUCCGAUCACAGGUAUCUCAGAGAUUGGGCAACAUGUUUUACAUGAUGAACCUCCCCCUCUCAGCUCCCUUGCAGUCUACCCCGGAGAAGCCUGCCAACCAGUCCUCUGAGGUGAACUCCCCAGUCAACUGCAACAGCAGUGUGGAGCUCUUAGGAAGCCCCUGUUCACGGGAAUCGGAGGGCAUGAAACCCCCAGAGCAGCCUGCUGCACCAGAAAACAGUGGAACAGCAGCAGGACUCCAGAAGAACCAGAACUCAGGGGGGAGGGAGGCUGCAUUAAAUAAACCAUGGGACUGUUGAGCUGGAUUCAACACCUGUUAGUUUGCUAUCAGUUUGUGUAAAUAUAUAUAUUUGUUUUUUAAACAUUUUAGACUAGCAUGUGUGGCCUUGGUUUACUGAGUUUAAAUUUUCUUUUCUUUACUGUACUGUUAGCAAAUGGGGCAUUUGCCAAUGACUAUUUUGAAAACAUCAUUUUUUGACUUUUUUGGAUAUUGCCUGAAGCACAUCUCAAAUCUUCCCAUCUGCCUUUUGGAGAUAUUUUAGAGCCACAGUUCAACAAUAACACAGUGGCUUUAUACCCCCACAUUCUGAUAACAGGUUGUUGUAUUUAUGAAAUAUCCAAAUAACCAUAUAUCUUUAUUGUCUUUUGCUAUAUUUUAAUUGUUUGGUGUAAUAAAUUCAGUUUUAUA